UACACUUCCGUUGUUGGGGCGAGAUGGAAUUUUCGGAUUCCGCUCUACCGUCUGUGUUGUUGUCGGUUUUGGCUUGCUAUCUAUCUCGCUCGAUGUAACGGGGAAGAUAAGAUUACAGAAGAUGGGAAAGUAGUCAUCCUGACAGCGCACACCGUUUUGACAUCGCCUCAGCUCGAAGAUCAGCAUGCUAGAGAUGGAGAUAGAUGCUAUUCUGACGGAUGGACAGCACGGAUGUUUUGAAUGAUGUCACCAUCAUGAAGUGCUGAAGAAAGCAGUGUGCAAUGGAUGAGGCAUUCUUGACAGACCUCCUGGAAUGUUCAGUAUGUCUGGAGCAGCUGGACAGCACCAGCAAGGUGCUGCCUUGCCAGCACACUUUCUGCAAACGAUGCCUCGAUGAAAUCGUAAACUCGCACAAGGAGCUGCGGUGCCCGGAAUGUCGCAUUCUUGUGGACUGUCGCGUAGAGGACCUACCGCUGAACAUUCUGCUCAUCCGCCUCUUAGAGGGCAUAAAAAACAACCCGCGACUAGGAGGAGGGGGCCGAUCACCGGGGAGCGGAGGGGUGAGGCAACCCUCCUCUCCGCAGGCUCCCCCCGCGACCAACACUGCCCAGCCGUCUCCUGCCGGGGAUCAAACCCUGAUGGGAGUGCGCACCCUCGUAAAGCAGCUGGCACCUCCGCUGCCGUGCGCGAAGGCGCUCUACGCUUACGAGGCAAAGGACCCCGGGGACUUGACGUUCCGCAAGGGGGAAGUGAUCGUGCUGAGGAAGCGAAUCGACCAGAAUUGGUUCCACGGCGAGCUAGGAGGGAAGCAGGGCUUUGUGCCCGCGAGCUACGUUCAGGUUGUAGUGCCCUUGCCCUCCCACGUUCCUCAGUGCAAGGCUCUGUACGAUUUCCGUCUGGGAGGAGGAAACCCUGGUGGCGGUGGCGACAACGACGAGAAGGACUGCCUCGCCUUUCUCAAGGGCGAUGUCAUUACGGUGAUAAGGAGGGUGGACGAAAACUGGGCGGAGGGAAAACUCAACGACAGGAUCGGCAUCUUUCCCAUCUCAUUCGUGGAGAUGAAUGCUGCUGGAAAGGCACUUAUGAAACUUUCAACAAAUGCUCAAGUGGGGCCCUCCCGUAUUGCUCCACCCACGCCCAGCGCCGAAACCAGCGGAAAUGCGCCACCAGCACCAGUCAAUACCCCAUCAGCAGGAGAAUCUCAGUCAAGCACCGCAUCCCCCGAAUCAUCGUCCCCUAGCCCAGGGACCCCCUCGUCCUCUUCUCCACCCCUCCCGGCGUGCCAGGCACCACGGGAGAAACGGCACUCGCUGUCUGCCCUCUCGUCCGGGGGUGCUCGCUCCCCACAGGCACCUCACAGACAUUCUAUGGAGAUACUGAGCAACAGCGGGACGGACACCCCAUCACCGCCUCAGGCAUCACCUAGCAGGAUUCCGGCUCCAAGUGCAAAGACGUCAACCGAAGGAGUGUCAUCUUCGAGAGUCGUCCGUCGCCACAGCGGAAGGAGGGAACACGAGAACAUCUCCGUGACGACACAGAGCUUACAGACUGCUCCUGCGUCCGAAAUAAACCCAGCGCCUCUGGCACCUGUUCAGCAAGGGACUACACAUGUUCCUGUUCCAAACCUUUACUUGGCACUGUACAAUUACAAGCCUCAGAAGGAAGACGAACUCGAACUCCGCAAGAACGAGUUGUACACUGUCACAGAAAAAUGCCAAGACGGGUGGUUCAAAGGGACCUCUCUUCGGACGGGGCUCUCCGGGGUCUUCCCGGGGAAUUACGUGCAGCCCACGAAGGCUGCUGGAAGCCAGUACCACCUAGGAGGCAUUGCAGCAGCAGCCGUUCCGGUGUCCCGGAUUCCCGCUCCAAUGUCCCCGAGGCCACGCUCCACUGCACCUUUCGGACCAGGUCUUCCGCAUGCAUUGCAGCCAAUGGAUUCGUUUCAGAGGCCACCGUGUGGUGUGGAUUGGGGGCUCGACCCGCAGAGACCUACUCAAAGGCCUCCGAACCCUACAGGGCCAAGCCCCAUGGGUCACAAACCUCCAAUGCAAGUGUUGGCACCGAAAGUUGCUGUGAGUGCCGUGCCGAGCCUAGAAGUAGGAGGAGGGCCCACCCCGGCCGCUCCCUCGGGCGUUCCUCACAUGGGCAACCAGUGGAUGCUGGCGUACGCAGCCUCCACUUGGGCUCCGCCUUCUUCUUCCUGCACCACACCCACACGAUCGCCACCGCAGGGGCUGCAGACGACCACGGUGCUCACGUGUUCGCCCUCGUCGUCUGGCACUGCUCAGCGGGGAGAUAAGGUAGGCGACGUGCGAAGUGUCCUUUGUCAUCAGAAGGAGCGCAGGGAGAAGGAUAAGCUGAGCCUCAUGAAACGGCUGACCAGCAAACGUCGCUCGCGCUCUCCCCCUCCUGUGGCUAACUUCUCCUGUGACAACCCGACCUUCGUGGACGCAGCAGCCAUGCCUCAGCAGGGAGGGGGAAGCGCCGCAUCCCUCGCUGUUGUUCACGUCAGGUCGGGUUCAUGUCCCAGCGAAGUGCUCGGAAGUCAACAGGCAUCGCACAAGAAGAGCAACUCUCUGGAUGGGAACGAUACCAUGAAAACGAGGCCCAAGCAGCCGGCGCCUUUAGUUCGUGAAAGGUUCCGAUGCAUUGUGCCUUACCCGCCAAACAGCGAGUACGAGCUGGAGCUCAAGCAGGGAGACAUUGUGUACGUUCACAAAAAACGCGACGACGGCUGGUACAAGGGCACCCUGCAACGCACGGGAAAGACCGGCCUUUUCCCGGGGAGCUUCGUAGAGGGCUUCUGAGGUCACGAGGCAUCGGCAUCUGCACGGAAUGCAUUCACUCUUAGAUGCACGUGCGCCAGGCGGCGGGUGUCCGACUUCCGCACCGGAUGCUGAUGCGUAUCUCGACUCGUCGGACCAGCGACUGUGUGGCUCAAGGGCGGCGGAGGAUGAAGCACGUAGUACUUGCGAAGAUGUACUAAGUACAUCCGUACAACGGAUCCGGAUGGCAGAAUACGGAUUAGGUCAUCUGUUCGGAUAAUAUCUUUUACACACACUGCUACUCGUUCUCAAAGGACUUGGUGUGGUCGCAAAAAAGAAAAAUUGAAAAAAAAAAUUUAAAAAGAAAAAUUGUGGAAGGUAGUUUCUGCUGUGAUUUCCGGCCAGUGGUCUUUUUGUCUGUUCUGUGGCUGCACGUUAUGUGGAAUACUGUCAAGGUAGCCAUUUUUUGCAGCGCCCUCAAUCUUGUGAUUUUUUUAAAUUUUUUUGCAAAAUUCGAAUGGUGCAAAAUAAUUUGUAACGAUGACGCGGGAGUACCUGGGCAUUUGAAUUUGCAAUAAAUGAGCGUUGUGGGAAGCAAUGACAAUUCCCACUGCCCUGCCAAAGACUGGGACCUCUCGCGCUUUGAUCACUUGAGCUCCACGGUAUACAAAAUUACAGUUCCGCAAAGUAUGCCCCAGACGUGCUUCCACGCUAAUUUAUUUAUUUACAAAAAAUACCUUUUUAUUAACCGCGAAGUUAACUGCUUAUAAAUACGUGAUGUUUUGUAUCAAAUGACGCUCUUUUUUCUUUCAUCUUUCUUCUUCUUCAUUCUACGGUAAUGGGAAUGGGUACCAUUACUGUGUUUCCAUAACAUUUCAAGAGUAAAUUAUAUAGGCGCACAGUGCAUCGAGUGUCUGACAGAGCCUCAGCAUUGGCCCGGAAAUUACGGCAGAUUCUUGAGCUGCAUCCUUACUUGACUGUAAAAUAUUAAGAUGUCUGCUGGACAGCAGCAAUAACUGCUCUUAUCUAUGGGGAGGACCAGUGAAAAGUGUGCCAAGUGCUGUGACACCAGCUCAUUUCAUUGUCCCUCUCUGAAAGCUUCCCAUCAGAAAGACACCCCUUCAAGUCCAGUGCCAUGUUCCAUUUUUGUACAUAGUGCACCUUCAGGUGCAGCUUUGCCAAAACAGAGACACCUGGUGCUUGUAAUAUUCUUGUACAUACGUCCUCUCAACGUCUCCCAUUUGAACAUUGUUCUUGGCAAGCGAGUGGUUCCGAUGGCAUUUCUCGACGUUUUUGAGCCUCCUUGCGUUCCGAAUUUUAUUCACCCAGCCUAUCCUUCGUUUAAGAGAAAACCAGAACUUCAAGAGGUCCGGAAGGUUGUGCCAACGCCACCUAGGUUGCAGAAGGCCCGCUUAUUUCCUCCUCUCCCUCCUUCGCUACGUGGAUAUAUAAAGUCAGAAUAUGUCGUCUGCUAUUGCUAUUCACCGUUCUGCGAAUUCAAGAACUCGCAAAUGAUUGCAGCUAAUUUGGAACCCGUAGACCCGAAUCUGUAGACAAAAUGUGCAACGCGCUUUCCAGAAAAUCAGCCUUGAGAAAGAUGUGGGACGGCUUUGCGCUUUAUUUUCAAGUUUUCUCAUUUAGUACGCGGGGACGCUCAAUCACUGCUGGCAGACGACGGUGGUUCGUCUCCGUGGCAACGACUGCUGAAAGCUCGUUCGUGGUUGGCUACCGCCGUUGAAAACACGAUCCUGAUUGGCUGACUCUUAGUUGUUACGUCACACUGACGUGUGAGCAGGCUUUCUGUAUCCAGGUGGUGUUGGUUGUUACUGAAGCCGACGAUGAACAGGUCUCACACAUCUUAGGUUACGGUAAUUACUCACAUAUUUAACGCACCGGUUUUUAUUAUUUACCGGUAUUUAGCGCAGUUUAGGUUCUGGCGAUUCAGAGUGAUAUUGCCGCCGUUUGUUUGGGGUCCCAAAGCACUUGGCUCUCCAAAACUAAAACCCUCGACGAACACUUGCUUCUGCUGUGGUACACACCAUGUGACCAUUUCAAAAAUAAAUUGCAACUUGUGUGGACAAUUGCGAAGGCUGGCAAUUUCCCUCUAAAAUUUGUCGUAAGAAUAUUGGCCAUUGCGUCCCAUGGUGCACUACAUGCAUGCGUUGUCUUGUUUUGUCCGAAUCUCAUAGUGAACAUUGAAUAAUGUUGUUGAGUUUUCUCAGAUGUUGGUUGGCUUGCUCUUCUGCGUUCUGUGGUUUAAGUGCACAGCCUCAUGCGGCACUUUAUGAACACGAUUUAUGUUUUGUCAAAAACAGUACCCGUUGUGCGAACAAAUUAUGAAACACUGUUUUUUAUUAUGGUUACUUUUGCUAUUAUAUUACUUCAAACAUCAUAGCUCAUACUAUACGUUGCAAAAGUUAAAUCUUGCAUUUUCACUGUGGAGUCUCACGCACUAUGCUUGUUGUUAAUGCCGUACCUUUACAACGUUUUUUGUGCAUAUUAUACUAGGCACACCAUUUUUGUUGCGACCAGCUUUUGAUGCUGUUACCAAAACAGUCUUUUUCGCUGUAGACGAACACAUCAAAAGAAAUCAUGUUCCUUUAUCUGUUUAUAGUUGUUACCUCCUCUGUUGGGCCGUUGCAUCACGAUGAAUACAGUGUGUGUUUUUUUUUUCGAGUCCUACCGUACUUGCUUUAUUGUACGACUUAUUUUUUUGUAAAACAAGUUCCAGUCAGUGUCCGACAUCGGAUGUUGCGUGAUCAUUGUUCAAACGUCUACCAACUCAUGUUUAAAAAGGGUCACCUUGUGUUUUUGAGUAAAUAGGGUACUACGUGCUGCAUUUCGAAAAAAACUCAUCGAGGUAGUACCCAUCUCGUGACAUGGGCAGCUAUGCAGGAACUCCCAAACGAAGGGCAUCUCAUGUACAGAUACAUUGCAUUUUCUCCCGUCGACAUGAUCACAUGUAAAUGGUUACACGUUACUAUUUAUUUCAACAUGAUUUUGUGUCUGAAAAAUGUUCCCCAUCUCCCUCUCAAUCCUCUCGUCUUUGAGGGAAAAAUGGCUUAAUAUAUUUAUGCUACUAAUAUAGUUGUUUUCUUCCAUGGCACAAUGCAGCUAACUCAUUUUUCAAGACCUUUCGUGUACUCCCCAAAUAUACACACGUUUUUGUUUGCGUGCCAAAAGCAUGAACCCCCGUUCAAACAACGAGCAUCGGAGAGAUGCCGACCGUUCCAUUCCAAGCUUUCUGUUCGUACUGGAAGAUGUAGGUUUUUUUUUCCGUCAGUGUUGCUCGACAGUUGUGUGAGAGAUCUGGCACUUUUUCGCCCAGCAGCACGAUCAACCUCGUCAAUGCACAAGAGUCGCACCAGGGUUGUGAUGUCAGGAGAGUCGUCAUAAAAGACACUGUGAUCCGAACCACGUUUUUUGCGCUCUGCCCAGCGCGUUUUAUCGGCGACAGGCAUUCUAUGGCUGCCACUGUGUAUUUUACAAUAUCACUGUGUUUAAAUAAAACCGUUGACGUGUGAA